GAUUGUUUUCGUUUGUACCACAAGUAUCGUUCUAGUUCUUACAGUAAUACAUCAUGAGGCUACAAAGAUUCCUAGUGUACUUGGUGUUACUUGGGCUGAUAGCAGAACAUGUUACAUUUGCCAAGAAGAACAAAAAGAACAAUGAAAAAGAAAUGGAAGACAAUGAGGACGAUACAAAUGUUGCCAUGACCGAUGACGAAAUAAGUGAUCAACUGGACGAGGAGACUGUCCCAGUAAAUAAAGGCAAGAAAAAACAGCAUAAUUCAAAUAAAUGCAUUUACAGUUUUGAGGUGGAUCAAAGUGAAGAACAGAGCUGCUCGGGAAUGGACAUGGAAACUAAAAUGAAAAUUGCAACGCUUGAACAAAAGAGUCAAAUGCAUGACGAUAUACUGGCUGACUUGGUACAGAAGAGCUCAACUGAUCCGACAGCGUUGACUGAAUUACAAUUACAAUUGUCAUCCAUACAAGCGAUGUUUAGCAGUAUGGCCAGUAUGGGUGUAAAUCAAAACUCCGGUAAUACACCAUCACAAAGUGCACCAAUACUGUACAAAGAUUGUCAACAGAUUCUUGAAGAAAGCGAAAUGAAUCUAAAGAACGCAAUCUAUAUGAUUAAACCGUGGAAUGCUGAGAGGCCGUUCAAAGUGAACUGCGAAAUGGAAGGAGAGGACGGGGUAUGGAACAUUAUACAAAGAAGAAAUGAUGGGUCGGUUGAUUUCAAUAUGGACUGGAUUGGUUACAAAGUAGGUUUCGGUAACAUGGACGGUGAACACUGGAUUGGAAACGACAACAUCAACAGACUGACAUCGCAGUCUAAGUACAUUCUACGCAUUGAGUUUGAAGACUGGAAUGGUAACCUGUUUUACGCAAAUUACAUGGGCUUCCUAGUUGACAAUGAGUAUGCACGGUAUAAACUUCACUUGGGCGAAUACCAACCACAUUUUGGGGUUAAUCAAACCACUUCAGGUGACUCUCUAUCGUACCACGACGGGCAAGAGUUCAGUACUCCCGACCGCGACAAUGAUAAAUCCGAACCAACUCAGUGUGCUAAGACAUACAUGUCAGGUUGGUGGUUCAAUAAUUGUUUCCAUAGCAACCUCAACGGUGUGUAUCUGAAGUCUGGCGAGAAUGACAUAAUUCAUGGCGGAAUAUCAUGGACUACUCUCAAAGCAUCCAACAUCUCGUCUAUCAAACAAGUCACCAUGAAAGUAAAGAGAACUGGAUUUAUCUAA